UCCAUCAAAAGCUGUGAACACCUGUGGGGCUCUGUUUGGGCUCUGUAGGGCAGGUUGUCAUCAAGCGGACCUAUGCCAUCCUAUAGCUACGCUCGUUCAUGAGAGUCAGCGAAUAAUCUCAAACUUUUUAGAGUCCCCAGUGCGGUACUAUUUAUGACUCACCGCGACUGUGCUCAACUUCAAUUUUCUCCCAUGGCAUAGCCAUAGCAUCAUAGAGCAGUGCUACGAGCGCCUUUGAAGGUCUCUAGAUAACGGUGUGACUCUUGCCGUCCCCAGGUUCACUGGAACGUUGUCGCUAUUAUAAGUACCUUAAGCGGGGUAUCAUGGCACCAGAACAAGUUUAUCGCGACCCUUAGCUGUGAUGCCGAACAAGCAAGCUUCUCAUCUGGCUCCCAGCUAUUGUGUUAUGAACCCAGGGCCUGCAGGAAAUAUUUCAAAUGCUCGGGCUCGCCGUGUCGAUGCCGUCAAAUGGAUCCGCGGUGAGCUUAUCGGUAAAGGCACUUACGGACGGGUCUACUUGGCACUUAGCAAGACCACGGGUAAAUCGCAGCUGGUUGCUGUCAAGCAGGUCGAUAGUCCCCAAGUUAUUCGAGACGAAAACGACCAGUGUCAAGCCACUUUCGUACAUUCUGUCGAAAGAGUAAGCAAGCUACUGGUAGAUUUGAACCAUCGUCAUAUCGUCCAAUACCUCGGGUUUGAAGAGUGCUUUAUAGAGUAUUCAAGGGUUAUGAACAUCUUUAUGGAGUACGUGUCAGGCAGUGCAUUAGGCUAUUGUCUUCGCGAAAAGGGCAAGUUCAGCAAUGAUGUCGCGAAAUUUUUCAUGCUUCAAAUACUUCGGGGCUUGAGAUACCUCCACUCGCGACGAAUAAUCUACCGGAAUCUGAAAGCCGAUAGCGUCCUACUUGAGAGAGACGGGAGUUGCAAGCUUUCUGACCUAGAGUUCUCCACCAAGGAGGAUAAAAUACAUAAACUUCCAUUUACCACCGUACAACGGACAUUACCUUGGAUGGCACCGGAAGUCAUCUGCCAUCAGAAGGAAGGGUACAGUGUCAAGGCCGAUAUUUGGAGUUUGGGAUGCGUUUUGUUGGAAAUGCUGACAGGAAAGCGACCAUGGUAUGAGGAUGAACUAAUCAUGGUCACGAUCAAGAUGAAACAGAAUAAGCGCCCACCUAUCCCUCCUGAUAUUACCUUCUCCGAUCUUGCAAUGGAUUUCCAAGAUUCAUGUUUUGCCAUUGAUCCUGAUGAACGCGCAUCUGCUUCGUACCUGAGACGACAUCCCUAUCUUGAGCUUCCGGAUGAUUGGACUUUUCAGGGUUUUAAUGUCUAGGGAACACUCUUGCCAUCCUACCCUUCCAUUCAUGUGUAUUUUGCUAGGAAUCUUUCCCGCUCUUGCGGACUGUAAUAAUACAUAAUUGGCUGAGAGAGGAGCCAUCCGUACGGGACUGCCAGGUACAGUAAGAAUAUAACACAUCUGGAACACACUUCUUAUA